AUGACAUCCAUUCAAGGCGCUAUUCCAAUCACAGAACUACAUUCGAUUCCCAUUCACGCCACCCCUUAUGGCCGUGGAAACACCGCACCUAUCUUCACUGGUGUCGACAUACUCAAAAUCAAAUAUCGCACCAGUGGUGUGUCCGUUCGAGAGUUGGUCCCGGAACAGCUUUCCUUGGAAGAACAUCCCAUAAUCACAACAUGGGUGCUUGAUUACGGAUUCAGCAUCAUUGGACCCUACAAAGAGUUGAUUCAUCAAGUCGAAGUCACAUACCAAGGAAAGAAGUACGACUACUCCAUCCUUCUGGUUCUGAACAAUGAAGAUGCUGUGUACGGUGGACGGGAGGCAUAUGGCUACCCCAAGGUACUAGGCGAUAUUGAUUUUGACCUGAAGAAGAAUGCUGGCGUAAUGGCGUUCGUCACUGCGACCGUCUCACGACCAAUUGGUAACCCAAUCGUUGAGUUCCUGUUCAAGCCUUCCAAUUAUAUUGGAACUGGUCCUAUCCCACCACCAGAAAAUGUGGGUCUUAACUUGAGACUCAUUCCCAACAGCAUCACUGGAGCCAAGCCAAGUGUCCGCCAGUUUGUCCCAGUCACUUUCAAGGCGCUCGAGGGUGAGCGGUGGGAGGGUGUUGGCAGUCUUCGGUUCCCAUCGACGAGCGCGUUUGAUCCAUUGCAUAAGACUCCAGUCGUUGAGUAUUUGGGGGCAGAAUUGUUGAGAAAUUGCACAUGUGCGUUUGCAGGUCGGGUUACUGAGGUCUUUGAUUUUUGA